AUGAUUUGGCUUAACGCUUCGUUGAUACGAUACUCUGCAGAGAAGAGGAUACUUCCUGACACUCAGGUUGCUGCACAGCCUGGGGUUCAAACUCGUGACCUCAUGAGCUAUCUCUCUAAUGUCAAAUGUUGGGCGAAUCGUAAUAAGCAGUCGGUUUACGCGUUGAAACGUGAUCAGAUGAAAUGCUUCGACUACUUAUCGCCUGAAGGCUUUUAUGACGCAGAUCCGGAUGCUUUGGUCAUAUCGUCUAGUAGCAUGCAGAAAGAUGACCCGCAUCUCAAGGAUGCGAGACUUAGUCUGCGCGUUGCCAUGGUUGAAGCGACUGAUGACUCUUACAUCUUCUCCAGGUCUCUGGUAUCGCUUCAACGCAACGCUCUAGCCAUGGAACGCUUCCAGUACGCUUACGGUUGGCUAACUCAGUGGGCCAAAUUGAAGGCAUACGUUCUGUCGGCAACAGGCGAUCAUCCAGACACAGUCAAAUUUCAAUCAGUGUCCACGGGAAGGGGAGUUAAUCCCCUUGCUAUAACUGAACACGAUGUUGCACUCAUUAAAGACGAUCUAGACUUUCUCAGGACAAAGGUCAACGAUCCAACGUCCCGUUUCGUGGAAUUGAAGGACUUUAUUGAAAGCUUUCAAUUUCCGAAAGUCAUUGGUCGCCUUCCUAUCACGCUGAUACGGAAGAUUGUGUCGCAGAACGUUGUUUCUCGCUGUCGCGCCUUAUUGUCGCUUCAGUCAUUGAAACAGCCAGAUGCUGAAGCACUUGACAGGUUGAUUAUUCAGAAGGUUCACGAUGCUCUCGGCUUUCCGUUUCAACCCUCGACCUCCAUUGCAACGCUUCCGGUGUUGUAUCACGGCUUUGAUUUCCCGUCAAUUGCUCGCAUCAAUGCCGGAAUCUCGUCGGUCACUGGAGCUGCUACUGGGGGCAAGUCACUAGUCAUGAAAAUCCCGGGGCGUAACAUCUCUAUUUUACAUGGAGAACAGGUUGGGCUGAUUAUCGCGUUGGUUCUUGCAGGAGAUCUGGUUCGAAAUGAUCUUGUGAAGAUCCUCACAGAUCACUUGAACUCGGUAAGGUUGAUAGUUGACAGUCAGACCGAUGUCCCUCAAGUACCACGUCCAGGCUACAUGAAUGGGAGAUCUUACUAUCGCUGGAUCCUCUCACUCAUCAAUCGUAGUCGCGCGGUGGUCUCAUACACAGCAGGCCAUUCUGAUCCAUCGACGUUGGAGGCCAGAAUGAACGGAGAGGCGGACUUCCUUGCAACAUCUUCUCAAAAAAUCUAUGCAGAGCUACCUCACGCGCCAAUCCCUUCGUUCUUCAUGAAUGAUUUCACAAUCUACUCACAGACGGACGGAUGGAUAGAAUCAAAUGUCAUGCAUUUCAUUGACAUUCUUAUGGCUCGCAAAACGGCAACGGCUCUAGGCAUUGGACACGACCUGCGAAUGUCGACGUGGGCCCAUGACCCGGGACCCCCACCCGACUUUCCUUACACUAAGGCUGUUUCUGCACACUCAGCUGCCGUUCAGCUUUAUGCGAGAUCAGGUCAGCUUGCCACAGCCGAGGUUCUCUACAAGAGAGGGAAGAGGGAUAACGACUUGUGUUGCUUGGGAUGUGACGCGACGGGAGACAUGCGUCACAUAUUCGUCCACUGCAAGGAGUACGAACGGUGGAGGGAAGAUGCGAGAAGGGAGCUGAUGGAGAGAACGGAACUAAAGCUGGUGAACAUGCAAACUGAGGAGGCUGUGAAGACUGGCCUCCUCGUAGCAGCUAAUGUAGGCGGAUGUCUUAUUGUAACAAUUGUAACACGGCUCAGAAGCCACCUCAACGCGAAGAAAUGCAAUGUGCACUCGUUCUUCAAGUUUUCGUCCUCGCUGCGUUUGCAAAGCCUGCAAUGCCGGUGCAGCCGCACUGAUCUCAACGGGUCUUCCGAUUGGUUGACGACGUGGGAAUGCAAAAGGUCGCUUUGUUUCCUAGGUGCACCGAUCGUGGAUCUGACGCCUCUUGUGAUAGUCCACCUGUUUCCGUUGGGUCUGGGGGUGGAGCCUCGGGGAACUCUCAGUGAGAGGGGCGGUGGCAUCGCCAUCGUUCAAGGCCCUAACCUUUCCAUCCUUGUUUUCAAGCGACUGAAUAUUGUGACCCAAGACCCCUUCUACAUGAACAAGACAAUCUUUCAAAGGAGUGACUUUGAGCGGUGGCGGAAUGGUUAA